CAGCUCCCAGAGCUCUCUUCUUUUCCGAAUUUAACCCCAUUUGAGACCGCCGUAGCCGCAAGAACACUGCGAGCUCGAGGAACAGCCUAACCACGGAGAUCAAUCGUUGUUUGAAGAAUGCAGAAACUAAAAUUGCUGGUACCUUUGAGACGUUAUUUACAGAGAAAUGGUUUUGUUUCUCAACAGAGGAGAAGCUUUUCUGCUCUCCCCAGUUAUACGGAACCCGGCUAUCUCCAACGAGAAGAGGUAUUGGUGGAAGGAAGGGCUAAUUCGAGGGCCGCCAUUCUAAAUAGACCAUCUGCACUCAAUGCUCUCACUGCUUCUAUGGCCGCUCGUUUAAACAGGUUAUAUGAGUCUUGGGAGGAAAACUCAGAUAUAGGAUUUGUCAUGAUGAAGGGGGGUAGUAACAGAGCAUUUUGCUCUGGCACAGAUGUUGUUGCACUGUAUCAGCUGCUUAAUGAAGGGAAGACAGAGGAAUCCAAAGCAUUCUUUCAGAGUUUGUACAAGUUCGUCUAUGUUCUGGGGACAUAUCUCAAGCCACAUGUGGCUAUAAUGGAUGGUAUUGUAAUGGGAGGCGGGGCAGGUAUUUCACUUCCCGGGAUGUUUCGCGUUGUAACUGAUAGAACUGUCUUCUCGAGUCCAGAGGUUCAAAUAGGUUUUCAUCCUGAUGCAGGGGCAUCAUAUUAUCUUUCUCGUCUUCCUGGCUAUUUAGGAGAAUAUUUAGCUCUUACAGGGGAAAAGCUAAAUGGUGUUGAAAUGAUGGCCUGCGGUCUCGCCACACACUAUUCACCAAAGGAAAAGCUUCCUUGGAUUGAAGAACGUCUUGGUAAUUUGAUAACUGAUGACCGCUCGGUCAUUGAAACUUCUCUUGCUCAAUAUGGCAGCUUAGUCUACCCGGACAGCAGGAGUAUGCUUCAUGAGAUUGAGACAAUUGACUCGAUUUUCUGCCACGAUACCAUGGAGGAAAUUAUUGAAGCUUUGGAAACUAAUGCGGCAGAAUCUAAUAAUAAAUGGUAUAGUAUGGUGCUCAACAAAAUUAGAGAAGCUUCUCCAUUGAGCUUGAAAGUGACUUUACAGUCAAUACGGGAAGGUAGGUUCCAAACUCUCGACCAGUGUCUCGCUAGAGAAUACCGCACAUCCCUGAAAUUUAUAUCUAAACAGGUCUCGGAUGAUUUCUGUGAGGGUGUACGUGCAAGAUUAGUCGACAAGGAUUUCGCCCCAAAGUGGAGUCUGACAAAGUUGGAGGAAGUAACUGAUGACAUGGUUGCCUCCUUUUUCUCUCCUCUCGGUGAAGUCGAACCUGAACUAAACUUGCCCGUCUCAGUACGAGAGCCCGAUGUGUGACACAAAUUUAGAUUUUACAGAAGGAAUCCAAGUUUCUGAAGCUGACUUUGCUCUUAGCCAAGAUGCUCUACAUUUGUCUCCAUUUGCUAUUUACUACUGAUUGGGACAAGUCAUGGAUACUCAUGAUUGCUUCUAUGUGGUGAUCAGCAGAAACUGAAAAAUUAGUAGCUUGGGGUUCAAGUUUUUGUAGCUAAAAAUUGCUUUUCUGAGUCAUAAUAGUACCGUCGUCGCCUCAAAUAUUAUGUCAGAAACGCUGCUGAUGAAUUGCAGCUGCAGACGCAAUAUUCAAUUAAUAAACGGAUCACGCGACGAGUUAUGGAUUGUGAUGUUGGAACUAAUGCAGGUAGAGAUGGCAGAUGGGGUGGAUAGUUCAGGACAUAUGUUCUGGACAUGCCCCAUCGGCACGUGUGAACUCUUUUUUCUU